UCCUCCACAAUAGGAGACCCCGGCUCCAGUAACAUCAGUGAGCCAUUCCUAUUGGUAGCUGACUGGGAUGGAGAAAUCAUUCUUCAAGUUAACAUCACUUCCGGAUCGACCACCACGCUUCCGCUCGGAGAUGUAGGACAGCCCAGAACCCUGGACUACGACCCGCUCACGGACUACGUGUACUGGUCAGAUGACUGGAACAACAAAAUCCACCGGGCUCGUCGUGAUGGAAGUGGCAGGGAGACCAUCUUAGACAUCACCGUAAGUAACUCUGUCCUUGGCCUGGCGUUGGACCACGCUGGAGGGGAUAUCUACUGGACGGAUUAUAACGGACAGACCAUCUCUGUAGCAAAGAUGGAUGGAUCGUCAACUAGAACACUUCUGACGUCACCAGCCGUCAGCGGUCCUCGGCACCUGGUCCUGGACCCCAGGAAUGGACUCAUGUACUGGGCGGACUGGGUUAAUGACAGAAUUGUCCGUGCUGCGAUGGACGGCAGUAACCCAACCACCAUCAUCACGGGCGUGUCUUAUCUCACAGCCGUUACAAUAGACUAUAGAGAGGACCGGCUGUACUACUCUGAUGAUGACCGCAUGUACAGCUCAGACCUGCUGGGUAAGGAUAUCCAACAACUGCUGUAUGAAUCCGGGAAGUAUGUGCAGGGGAUUGCUGUUGACGAGAACUACGUCUACUGGACGUCUCGAUGGUAUGAUUCAUCAUGGCAAGGGAAGGUCGGAAUGUUAUCCAAGUCAGACUUGACCAAGACUGUCCUGGUGGAGGGUCUGGCAUGGCCAUGGGGCAUCUGUCUGUCCACGGCAGCGCCUCCUGGCGUCACCACUGUGAUCCCUACAUCACCAACAACAACAAAUGUGAAGACAAGCACAGCUCCAGUCACCACACCCUACCACUGCCCGAGGGGAAUCACGACUCCGGUCACCACACCUACCACUGCCGAGGGAAUCACGACUCCGGUCACCUCACCUACCACUGCCGAGGGAAUCACGACUCCGGUCACCACACCUACCACUGCCGAGGGAAUCACGACUCCGGUCACCACACCUACCACUGCCGAGGGAAUCACGACUCCGGUCACUACGCUAUUGCAAGGCG